AUGUUAUAUAUAAAUAAUGGUGGCAAAAACUCUGAUGGCAAUCCUCAGGACCACUUGCUGGCAAUGUGCCAGUAUGUACACACAUUUCAACGUCAUAUACAGAGAAUCGUCGCAUCGUACUACGAAACAGAGAACAAGGGGAGACUACGACGAAGCAUUCGAGGGAAAGCUAUAGAAGCUGUGGAAAAUCUACUCAUCCCUAAAGAGAACGUAGAAGACACGAUAUAA